AUACCCCACCCCCUCUUUCACCCACCCCACACUCUCCGUCUUCUUCUCGCCGGUGAAAUUCACCUGGAAAUCCUCUCUUUCUCUGAUCCAAUCCUCUACUGAAAUCACGGCAGAUUUCAUUAACUUGAGUAUUUUUUAAAAAAAAAUUGUAAUAAAAAAGAAAAAAAUUGUAAGAAGUUCUAUGGGCGAAGAAGUGAAAAUCACCGGCGGUGAUGCUUUCGCCGGGGACGAUAACCGUGUUCUCGAGUGGGAAGACGGACUUCCGAGUCUCGACGAUCUAACGCCGUUAUCUCAGGCGUUAAUCCCACCGGAACUCGCGUCGGCGUUCAAAAUAUCGCCGGAGCCGGCGAAGACGAUGACCGACGUCAAUCGUGCUUCGGAGAACACGUUCUCGUCUCUCCGAGGCAGUGGACCGUUGCAACAAUUACACAUUCUGUCCUCACCGGAAACGGAUCCGACGGAAAACGGAUCGGAUCCGAGGAAGACCCGAAGGAUUGACCCGGAGAUGUUAGACGCGGAUUCAGCAUUACUGAGGAAUGAGAAUUGUGGAGGAGGAGAUGAUAGUAAUAAUAAUUCAGCGUCUAAGACGCUGAACAAGCGGCCGCGACUCGUGUGGACGCCGCAGCUGCACAAGAGAUUCGUGGACGUGGUGGCUCAUUUAGGGAUAAAAAAUGCGGUGCCAAAGACGAUUAUGCAGUUAAUGAACGUGGAAGGAUUAACGCGGGAAAAUGUUGCAAGCCAUUUGCAGAAGUAUAGGUUGUACUUGAAGAGAAUGCAAGGGCUGUCAAAUGAGGGGCCCACUUCUUCCGAUCAUUUAUUCGCGUCCACACCCGUGCCACAGAGUCUGCAGCAGUCCGGUGGUAAUGGCCAUAACAGUAAUGGUCAUAAUAGUAAUGGUCAUAAUGGUAAUGGUCAUGCGCAGAUGCCAAUGCCUAUGCCAAUGCCAAUGAUGUAUCCCCCACAAAUGGUGCCAAUGCCUAUGAUGGGAAUUUCAGGACAUGGACAUGGACAUGGGUUUCAUCAUCAGUAUAAUAUGGGGGCACAACAACGAGACUGGUCUGGAAAUAAAUUUGGUUCUUAUCAUCAUGUUGCUCCUAGUGAAAAAUAGCUAUAGUAGACAAGAAAAAAGAGGGUUGGUUACUGGAUUGGUCCAUCAGGAAGAUUCUCACUUGGUGGAUUGCAAACUAGGAAUUCCAGUUAGUAUCAUUUAGGCUUUUUUUACUUGUUUAGAUUUGGUAGAUUUAUAGGGACAAAAAUUUCAUAAAUUGCUCUAAAUUUCAUAAAUUGCUCUAAAUUUCUUAGAGCAUAUUGGCCUAAGAUGAGUUUAAAUGGAGUAACAUGGUCAGUGAGGAUUCAUACGGCCAACCCCAUCUUAUUUGGGAAUAAGGCAAACUAGUAGUAGUUGCUCUAAAUUUCUUAGAGCCAUGUCAUUUUUGGUUGUAGCUUCUUAUUCUGCAAGGAGCUUAAUACAUAAUUAGAGAACAAGAUAGACUUGUUGUUUCGAUCACACUUUUCUUGAAAGAUAGUACAAUAAUUUCGGAUUCUCUUUUUCCUUUUCUAUUAGUAACUAUUGUAGUGCAUCUUUUGGUGUGCUUAUGGAUUUAUUAUACAAAAUUGAGGGCAAAACCAGGAUUUUCCUAGAAGUAGGUGUAUACGCUAUAGGAGUGACUUCUUACUCUUCAUCUUUUUUACCACUUGCUUUUUUGGUUGAUUGCAGAUUUUAUUUUUGGGUCCCAAAAACUAUGACAAAAAAGAAAACUAGUUCUAAGAAUUUGCGGGCCAUUAUAGCAUUUUAUCUAGCUGUUAGUGUUGGGUGAAAUAUUAUGAGUUCUGGAAGUGGAUUUUUGCUGAAAUACCUAUUUUAAUUUCUAUAGCUGCUGAAAACUUCUUUUGUCCUCCUCUUGAAAUUGAUGCAAACUAAGAGUGAUGGUCAACUAAGAAAAUAUAAUGCAUUUUCAGCGCCACAACCACCACUUCAAUGGAGGAAAUCAACCCGUUCUAAUUUUGUAAUAAGCUAGUAAGAAGGGUAGCAUGGUGUACAAAGCAUCCCGCGCUCACGCAGGAUCCGGGGAAGGGAAGGGCCGCACCCCCAGGGGUGUGAUGUAGACAUCCUACCCCAAUGCAAGAGUUAGUGGCUGUUUCCACUGCUCGAACCCAUGACCUGUAGGUCACACGGAGGCAACUUUACCGUUGCUCAAAGGCUCCCCUUCUGUAAUAAGCUAGUGUAAAGCAAAGAAAUCUCUUAAUUUUAUCCUCCAACAUAUUUUAGCAGUAACUAUCAUAACACCUUGAGUGAAAUCAUUUUCUUGCGAUCAUAUUUAUUUUUGCAUUCUAGAAAUAUUUCUGCUGUAUCUAUUGUGAUGAUCUACCACAAUAGACUCAAUAAUGUAUUAGGAACGUUGUCAGCUUCUCUAACAUGGUUAUAUGAAGCUUUAUCCUUCUUCGCCCAGUUUAAAGCCAUAUUUACUUUCUAUAACAGAAUACUUGAUUGUACCAUAUGUAAUUGGCCGACUUCAUAUCUCCUAAAUUAUUGUGCUUUCUUCAAGUUGAGUAACAAUUAAAAACAUUUCAUUUGGUUGCGUUUUCUCUGAGGUGGCUUUAGGUUUCCCAAAACACCUAGAUAAUCUACUACCCUGUUUCCCUUGUAAUAAUGAACAUGAUAUGAAAUUCUUUGGGAGGACCCAGUAACUCAAUGUCUUAUUUGCCCUUACUAAAUUAAUCAAUUUUUGUGGGGCAUAUAUAUUUUUUAACCAUCUAUUUUAUGAGUGAAAUCAUAUGGUAUUAAAUUUUGAGAAGCUUUGAUGAAUAUCUUUUGUGCACCACUUGGUUCACAAUUUCACUAGACCUCAAGUAACUUCUCAGGUAACGUUGCUCGUGCUUGAAGCCUUCUAUUUAUAUGUGUGCCCUUUUCCCCGUUUCGAUAUAUAUAUAUGUAUAUGUCUAUGUGAAUGUGUCUUGUACUUUUCCUUUCUUUAAGCUAGUUAAAAGAAGCAACAGUGGGUAGGUAAAGUUCUGCUGAUUAUUGUAAGAUGCUGCAUUGCACCUUCUUCAGUACUUUCUCUUAUUUUUUCUCGUCCUUCAAAGUGUUAAAUGGGAUAUCUUUUAUAUGCAACUUCUAUUGCUUUGAAACUCCGCCUAUGUGAGCUUUGCAAAGCAUAGCCGGUCCCAAGCCCGGAUAAAGGAGGAGGGUUGCUGGGCAACAUUAAACUAAUGUAACUAGGAAGAAUCUCUGAGUACUCUAGAUGACUCCAGCUAAACCAGAUGUUAUUCGUCUUCCUGCUUUAGUCGAAACUUUCAUGUGGGUGCAAUGAAUCAUAGCUCAUGGAACUAAUGGGGAAUUUGAAAUGAUUUUGAUAAAUUGUGGAGUUUGAAACUUUUUUGUAAACUAACGACUUUUGAUGGUGGCUGAUUAGAAAAUGAGUGGAAGUUGAUAUCCUUUCUUCUCGUUCUUGUAGGUCAUUCUAGAUUGAUGCAGGCAUCAAUGUUGUCCACACUAUGCCUCCCCCAAUUCCAUGGGAGAUGGUUUUUCUUUAAUUUUCUUUAACUUUAUUAACUACUUGAUUCUGUUUGUUUUGCCUGAAUAUCAUGAUGUUCCUUUACUAUCUAAUAAAUGUAUCGUGGUUCGGUUUCCGCUUGUUUAUUGAUGAACAUUAAAUGUAUUGCUUUGGUUAAUAAUUGAACAGCCCAAGUUUCUUUCAGAUUAAACUUAGUUGGCUUUCCUAAUUGUGUUUCUGGUGCUGUAGUUUCUCUUUCUUCUUACAACUCAUCUUUCUCCUUGUAUCUGCUAUGCGUCACUAUGAGUGCAUGUAUUAGCAACUCUCCUGUUAGGUGGGAGAGGCAACGAAUUUCAUGCUUUUUAGCGCUGAAAGCACCAGUCACCACCUUCGUAUAGCACAGGUUUUUAGACAAUUUCAGAAAACAUCUUUGUGCAGGUAUAAAAGACUACUGCUCCAGGUGCACACUCAAAGAGUGGUACUAAAGAAAUUCUUUUAAUUCUCUUUGCGAAAUAUACUGUCCCUAUGUUUCUUGUUCUUGUCAGAUGGUAACUGGCUCACUCAGGUGUUCUUUAUCUUCUGAUUAUUUGGUAGCAGAUCCUGUAUGGAUAGUUGCUUAUUUUUUAUUGUCGGAAACAUAGCUUUGCUUAUCAUGUGUACUGUGUACGAUGAAGUAUAAUGUCUACAAUUUGUGCUUGCUCUGCUAUUCUGUGGAUGUGCCAAUCUUCGUACAUAGAUUAUGAACUAGUAUAAUAGAAUCCUGUGUCCAUUUGUUUUCUUGAUUACUUCCAUUUGCCUUGUUCUUAUGCUCUGGAUGGACAGAAACCGUAUUUUUGAACUUGACUGUAGGUAUGGAAUCAUCUCCAUACUGUGAAGUUCAUCGAGCAAUGGACUAUAGGAAAUCGCGAGUCACAACUGUACUCCAAAGAAGUCAAAAGAGCAACGUGGUUUGUUUCAUCCGUCAAUUACAGAGGGUUUUUGCAAUUUAAUCUCAUUCUAUCUUUGCUGGAUAGAUAUUGCUCCUGCACAAGGAUCAAAAGUCUCACAUUCUUGUAACUUAUUUCGAAUCAGUGGUUUAACUGA